UUCCACUCGGCCAUUCAUUCUCAUCUCGCUGAAUAAGAAAGAAGAGUGAAUCAUUAUUGCUCGCCUUCUUUUAGUUAUUUUUAACUAAAUAUUUAAUUACUGGUUCAUCCAGUCAAGUGGUAAUGUCACUUCCGGGCAGUUUAGCCUUCGACGAGUAUGGCAGACCCUUCAUCAUCAUCCGGGAUCAGGAUAAGCAGAAACGACUCACCGGCUCCGAGGCGAUUAAGUCACACAUCUUGGCUGGUCGUUCUGUCGCUCAAAUCCUGCGGUCCUCCCUCGGUCCGAAAGGACUGGAUAAGAUGAUGGUUUCCGCUGAUGGGGACGUGACGGUUACCAAUGAUGGAGCAACAAUUCUCAAAAUGAUGGAUGUGGAACAUCAAAUUGCUAAAUUGAUGGUGGAACUUAGCCAAAGUCAGGAUGAUGAGAUUGGGGACGGAACUACGGGCGUGGUUGUACUGGCUGGAGCUCUGUUAGAGCAAGCGGAAGGAUUGUUGGAUAAGGGAAUCCAUCCCAUCCGAAUUGCUGACGGAUUUGAACUUGCUGGUCAAUCUUGUGUCAAGUAUUUGGAAUCGAUCGCGAAGGAUAUUGAAGUUACGGAUCGUGCCGCUCUUGUCAAGGCGGCUGAAACCGUGCUGGGUUCCAAAGUGGUGUCCAAGUGCAUCAAGCAAAUGGCGGAAAUUGCUGUAGAUGCCGUUCUAGCCGUAGCGGACUUGAAAACGAAAGACGUCAACUUUGAGCUGAUCAAAGUCGAGGGGAAAACGGGAGGACGGAUUGAAGAUACCAUGUUGGUCAAGGGAGUCAUCAUUGACAAGGACUUUUCUCAUCCUCAGAUGCCCAAGACCCUGAAAGACGUCUCUCUGGCCAUCCUGACCUGCCCGUUUGAACCACCAAAGCCCAAGACCAAGCAUAAGUUGGACGUCACCUCGGUGGAAGAUUACAAAAAAUUGUACAAGUACGAGCAAGACAAGUUUGUAGAGAUUGUGACCCGAGUGAAGGAGGCUGGCGCGACGUUGGCCAUCUGUCAGUGGGGAUUCGACGACGAGGCCAAUCACCUCCUGUUGCAUCACAAUCUUCCAGCCGUGCGAUGGGUGGGUGGGCCAGAAAUCGAGCUCAUUGCCAUUGCCACGGGUGGUCGAAUCGUUCCCCGUUUUGAAGAACUCACCCCAGACAAACUUGGUCACGCCGGAAUCGUUCGGGAACUCACCUUUGGGACAACGAAGGAUCGAAUGUUGGUAAUUGAGGAUUGUCCCAACUCCAAAGCCGUCACCAUUCUGGCUCGAGGUGGAAGUAAGAUGAUCAUUGAGGAAGUGAAACGUUCCCUGCACGAUGCCCUCUGCGUCGUUCGCAACUUUAUCAGGGACAACAAGGUGGUUUGUGGCGGUGGUUCGGCAGAAAUUGCCUGCGCCGUCCAUGUCCAGAAGGAGGCAGAUUUGAUCUCGAGUCUGGAACAGUAUGCCUAUCGUGCUUUUGCUGAGGCCUUGGAGAGCAUUCCACUCGCACUAGCCGAGAAUUCGGGACUUUCACCCAUCGAUACUUUGACCGAGGUGAAGGCUCGUCAGAUCUCCGAGAACAAUCCAGGUUUAGGGGUUGACUGUAUGGGAAAUGGGACUAGCGACAUGCUCGCACAAUCUGUCCUCGAACCACUUCACUCCAAGAAACAGCAAAUCCAACUUGCGACCCAAUUGGUUAAAAUGAUUCUUAAAAUCGAUGAUAUUCGAGGACCAGCAGAUCAAAUGUGAUCUAAAACUGUUGUCUAAUUAUGUAAUUAACUUAAUUUGUCUAUUACUUAUUACGGAAUCAUUAAUCAAUCUCACUUUUCUAUAUUAUUUACCCUGUUUUCACACAAUUGUAAAAGGAUAUGUCUUAAAUUUAAUUUGUAUUACAUGAAUUUCUCUUCCAUAUAUAAUGCUUCGCCUUUGUCACACACAUACCUACGAUUAAUUGGUCUUAAAUAUUAAGUAUUAAUUAAUAGCAACUAAUCAAACUAACAUAAAAUUUGUUCUUCAUUUUUGCUACCACUGGGCUGGUGUUACAUAAUUAGGUUGUUUCGUUUUUCACCCGUCAACGUAAACUAAACCGGUUUGAUUAGUGUUUCUUAAAAGUUACGCAUAAAAUGAAUAAUAAAUAUUUACAACAAAAACA